AUGAUCUCCUACCGGCCACCAAAUCCAUCAAUACCAACAGAUUUUGAACAAAUAUGGUCAGAGAAGAACACGAAAAGACAAAAAAACUCGUUCAAGCUUAAAUGGGCCACACCAAAAGAAGAUAUCCACCACUUUGAAAUCAUCUGUGACAUUGAUGGAGUUGGGCUUAAUCCUGUACAUGUCAAGGGCGGCAGAAGGACUGCUGAAAUAAUUGGAUUAGAGGCUGGAACUAGAUACAACUGCAGUAUUUCGGCUGUUUUGCGCAAUGGACAGAUUAGUGAUAGGGCUAAGUGUAUAGCUUACACAGCCCCAGGUAGUCCACUGAACAUGGUACAGACGAAAGCAAGUACCAACGGUUUAUACUUGCGCUGGAUGCCAGCUUCAGGAGGUCAAAGUUCAGGAGGUCAAAGUUAUGUUAUUAGGUACAGGAGUAUUCAAGAAACAGGUACCAACAAACAAGACAGCGACAAUGCUGAAACACAAACCAUACAACUUACACAGAAAAGUGGCAGUGAUAAACCAGCGCGUGAAGAAAGUCAAGUUUUACUAGAUAAUGCCGAAGAAACAGCAAGCGAUUCAAGAUAUGAAAAGAUCACAACUGUGCAGGACAAGUACAAUUUAGAAAACCUUGUUCCAGGCACUAAUUAUGAGAUCCGAAUUUUUGCGAUAGCUCACGAUUAUCCUAGUUUGCCACUGGAGCUGGAACAAGCGACUAAGCCCGGGAAACCUGGGGAAGUCACCAUAGAGAAGACGCUCUUUGCAGAAUUAAUAUCAUUGUCUUGGGGUGAGAGUGAAGGCAAUGUCACUGGAUAUGAAAUAGAAUACGGAAGAGACGACAACACCACUAGACAACCACUGAAAUCAAGUGCUUCGAAUUGCACCAUCGAUAACAUAUUGCCGGGUGUAAAUUACAGCUAUAAAGUGUACGCUGUAAGUAACGGGAAGAGAGGCGAUCCUUCUCAUUUUAUUGCGGCCACAGAUCCAGAAGAAGUCCACGACCUGACGUGGGAUACGUCCUCCAAUACACUUACUUGGGAAAGACCAGACGGUGAUGUUGACAGCUAUGAUGUUACAGUCCAAACGGGAACGGAUAUUAAACCAUAUCACACAACUACCUGUAGUCAAACAUUGCAAGAUGUUAAAAAAGGAGAACCUUAUGUUUUCAGUGUCGUUGCGAUAAGCAAUGGCAAGGCAAGCAAAAAGGUUUCCAAAAACCAAACGAUAGCACCUGGCACCCCUGAAUUUGAAAAGGAAAAGACAUCGGUGACAUCAACCUCAGUCACCCUUCACUGGACUCUGCCUGGUGGGAAAGUAAAGCAGUACGCAUUACAUCAUCAACCUGUGGAUGAAGACAUGAAUUUGGUCACACGAUGGUGGAACAAGAAAACAGACACCGUCAAAACGCGUUGUAAGACACUGGAGAACCUUACGCCAGGAAUAAAGUACCGCUUUGAAGUGUUCGCUGAGGUAGAUGGUGCCAGAGACGAGAAGGGUGAUGUCAUAGAAGUUGUAACAGCACCAUCAAAACCAGUAGUCAAUUACGAAGCGUCAACGAAUAGCUUUAAAUUGAGCUGGAACAGGAUCAACGAACCAAGUGUGGACAAAAUAACUGUGGCAUAUACGCAGGGAGAUAUUCGUCCACAGCGACAGACGAUUAAGGAUGUAUCUGUCACUUCUUGGAGCAUAAAUAACCUCCAACCAGGCACUCCGUAUCAAGCAGAGGUUUUUUUCCACUGUGGAGACAAAGCGAGUUCAUGUGGUCUGAUUGAUAUUACGACCGAUCCUGUCCCGCCAGAAACAUUUUAUACUACGUCUGUGUCUACUUCAACAGCCAACAUAGAAUGGAGCAAGCCGAAUGGCCAGUAUGACCACAUGGUUGUCACUUUCAAUGACUUGACUUCUAAAAAAACAUCUGAAAAACAAAUAAAAGAACUCAAGCAUCGUUGCACUAAUCUUCACCCUGCCUCUUGGUACCGUUUGUCCGUUGUGACAGUAAAAGGAUCAAAGAGAAGUGCAAUAAAGUCUUACGAUUUCUGCACAGCUCCUUUGCCCCCCAAGGACAUUUCCAUCAAUCCUCAAGCGCAUACUGCAAACAUACAAUGGGGGUAUCCAAACAAACGUAGAGACGACGGCAUCAGAUUCGAAAUCAAGUAUUGGGAAGUGGAUAGUAACGGGUGUGAAAAAACGGUAUUUUCUGAAACCUUGCAGACAACACUUGAGUCAUUAACUCCAGGGUCACAGUACUUGGUACAAGUAAGGGCUGUCUUUCAUGGAACAAAGAAUGAAGCUUUCAAGGGGAAAUCGUUUAUUACAGAACCACCCAGUGUAACCGAUGUACACGUGGAAGGAUUCACCAACUACGCCGAUGUGUCCUGGAGACCGCCUGUUCAGGGAACUGUUAAGGGUUAUGAUGUCGCAUUUUGGCCGGCUGACAACCCAUCAGCAAAGCGAAAGACCAAGGUCAAAGCUCCUGCAGACAGGGGAUCAAUUGAAGGCCUUAAAAGAGGGACCAAGUACAUUGUGGUUGUGAAAUCUGUUGUCGAAGGGCUCAAAAAUCAGGGUGCAGAUGAAAAAGCGUUCUACACAGUUCCCUCACAGCCGUCUAUGGGUAACAUUGAUACUUCACCUGUUUCAAUCACUUUGAAAUGGAGUAGAAAGAAAGAUGAGCCAAAUGUGACCGAAGCAAUAGUCACAUAUUGGCAACCUGGAUCGACACAGCAAACAAAACGUGUAUCCACCAGAGACCCCCAGCAGUUGCUUAUAUAUCCGCUGAAACCCAACACAUGCAUUGAAGGUUAUGUUGAACUGGUGUGCGGUGAUAAAACAAGCAACAAGACACAUUGGUCUGCGACGACAGGUAUGGCAUUGAAGGGGAUGAUGUAA